AAAUAUGAUACCACUUCAUUGGUGAUACGGCAGACGGCGCAGUUCGUCGUUAAUGAGACUACGUCAAUUAUAAAUACUAUCCAUUCUUAAUCGUUUACAAUAUAUAUUUGCAUUUAGAUUUUAUAACACAACGCUUAGAAGACGCUCUUAUUGUAUCGUACAGUCAAUUUUAUAUCUUCAUUACAUAAGUACAGAUAAUAAAAAUUAAGUAAAUAUAUCAAAAAUGAUAUCGGACAAAUUAUUUAUCAAUUGUUUGUUUAUAUUUUUUGUUAUCACGAAAGUUGAAGUAAAUGGAAAAAUAUUGAGUGAGUGUGAUGCAGCACGCGAGCUUAAAAAUUCAGGAAUAUCGCCGACUUUUAUUAGCAACUGGGUAUGUCUAAUGAAAAGUGAAAGUGGAUUAAACACAAAUUUAGUAACGGGACCAGGCACAAUGUCAAGUUAUUCAUACGGAGUUUUUCAAAUAAAUAGCUACAAAUGGUGUACGAGAGGACGAAAAGGCGGCGAGUGUAAUGCUAAAUGCGAAGAUUUUGCCGACGAUGACAUAACCGAUGACAUUGUAUGCGCGAAAAAAAUUCAAACCGCCGAAGGAUUCAAACAUUGGACUGGUUGGGUUAAGAAAUGCUACAAAAAUGAAGGAGCGCUUCCCAACGUCAGUGGAUGUAAAAGUAAUGCCGUCAAACGACACGCAUUAUUCAAACGAUUUCUUAACUUUUUUGCAUACUGAACCAGGUUACGAUGAUUUAAUAACUGCGGCUACCAAAAAAUUUUUAAUUUACGGUAUUGUUAUUCGUAACAAAUGAUAAUUGUAAUUAAUUUAAACGAGUUUUGAAUAAAUAAAUACACUGUUGACUUGUAA